AAAUUUAACCAAAUAAAAGUCAGAAGAAUGUUCUGUAGUUUAUUCAACUCGUUAAAUAAGUAAAUAAAAUCAUUUAACUGAUAAUUAUAGUUUUGGUGUCUUUCACUUUUAGCAGAAUAAUAUUAAACACACAUCUUCACUGUGUCUCGUGCACAUCAGCCUGAUGAUGAAUUUGUUUGAAGAAAAGUCAAAGUUGGACAUUAAGUGAAGAGAAGAAGUGAUUCAGUUCAUCACGUCAUCGUUCAGUUCAAAGCCUCAAAGAGUUCAGAGGUCAAAUCAAAGUCCGAGUCUCUUCUCAUGUCCGACUGAACUCCAGCCAUCAAACGCGCACUUCAUUAACACAUUAAUGGGCCGUCAGGUGGCUGAUGGUUCGAUGCUCCACACGGACUGUGUUUAAAACUGGACCCUGGAGGGUUCCGGAGCUCAGAGGCCUCACAGCAGCUCACUGAUCAUCAGUCAUGGAGGGAAGCAGAGUGUCGGACUUCAGCAUCGAGCGCAUCCUCUCCCCGCAGCUCGGACACAAGCCGCCGGUCAUGGAGGCCUCCCCGGACCUGUAUCUGCAGGGGUUCCCCGCCGGGCUCAGUCCAGACUCCGGGAGCUUCAGGCCUCCCACGAUGUCGGUACCAGGCUGCCUGCAGUACCGAGGAACGGGCUUCGGAGAGGCGUUUUACCCGUGUGGAGCCGGUUUCCAUCACGCAGACUUCAGCAGAGUUUACUCCAACUCCGGAGUUUACGUUCACUUCAGCAGCCAGGAGCCUGCAGAUGCUCAACAGUUGGUAGGUUACCAUGGUUACCACCAGGCCGGCGCGCAGCCACAGCAGCGUCAGAGGUCCCGGAUGAGGACGGUCUUCACCGACGGCCAGACGAAGCGGCUGGAGGCGCUGUUCGAGCUCACCGACUACCCGACGGUGGAGGCGCGGGCCGACGUGGCGAGGAGCACCGGGCUGAGCGAGGAGACCGUCAGGGUGUGGUUUAAGAACCGCAGAGCCCGGAGGAAGCGGCAGCGCAGCGGGUCUCAGGUCAAAUCCCCGUCCCCUCCCCGCGGCGCUGGAGCAGAGAAGACGCUCCUCACCACCUUCCUCUGAACGCGGCUGACGGUCCUGCUGCUGUGUAGAGACAAACUGACCUGCUCGAGGGCACCUCGGCAGGGUGGAAGCUGCUCUGACGUGACUGCUGCUGAGCCAACAUUACAUUUUAUAACUGUGACGAUGCGUUCAGAGGCUGCUGGGAAAGUCCGAGACUUCCGGCUGUCCUGCAGUUUAUUAUCUACUCAGUGAAUUAUUGUUUUCUAGUUUUAAAUUAUUUUGAAUUUUUAUGUAAUUUAUUGAAUCAGUGUUUUAAAUAUAGGCUGCUGUGUGUAGGUCUGAAACACAGACACGAGUUUGUAACUUCGAGUGGUUUCUUUAUGAAAUAAAUGCAGUUGUGAUGUGAAUUCA